UUUGCUUUGCAUGUGGAGAGCUCUCCUAAGACCUAACCUUUAGCCAGCAAAUGCCUUUCAUUAUGGGCAUUAAGCUAAAGCCCAUAAAGUAGCCACGCUGUGAUGUUCUGAGCUAUCUAAGAGCCAAAGGUCUAAAUUAACUGGUCUCAAUAUUCUUUUAAGAGGGAAAGAUACUCUAACCUUGCAAAAGGAAACAGAUAACCCACUAGUCACUUGCAACAGAAAUGAUGAAGCCUAAAGAAUUCCUCUAGCAAGAUGGAGACGUGAGGACAGCAGCUGUGUAGGAAGCCAGCCUGGAUGAGGGAUGAAGAGCCUCCACUGGCUCACCUCAGCACCUGUCAAUGCCGUGAUCCUUGGCUGUGUAUGGAUUUCUAUGGUGCAGUGUACGGUUCUGAGCAGCUGCCUAACGUCCUGCGUAACUAACCUGGGCAGACAGCUUGAUACUGGCACCCCAUACAAUCUGAGUGAGGCGUGCAUGCAAGGAUGUCAGUUUUGGAACUCUGUAGAUCAGGAAAGCUGUGCUCUAAAGUGUAAUGAUACGUAUGCCACCAUUUGUGAGAGGGAGUCCUGUGAGGUCGGCUGCAGAGCUGCAGAGGGUACCUAUGAGGAGGAAGUGCUGGAAAGAACGGAGCUCCCCACAGCGCCCUUUGCAUCCUCCAUUGGGAGUCACAGCAUGACGUUACGGUGGAACCCUGCCAACAUCUCUGGAGUAAAAUACAUCAUCCAGUGGAAAUAUGACCAGCUUCCAGGAAGCUGGACUUACACAGAGACUGUGUCCAAGCUCUCCUAUGUGGUGGAGCCCCUGCAUCCGUUCACUGAGUAUGUUUUUCGAGUGGUUUGGAUCUUCACAGCCCAGCUACAUCUUUAUUCCUCGCCAAGUCCAAGUUAUAGGACUCAUCCUUAUGGAGUUCCGGAAACUGCGCCUUUCAUCAUGAAAAUCGAAAGCUCAAGCCCGGACACUGUGGAAGUCAGCUGGGCUCCGCCCCACUUCCCGGGUGGACCUAUUCUGGGUUAUAAUUUAAGGCUGAUCAGUAAAAAUCAAAAGUUAGAUUCAGGGACCCAGAGAACCAGUUUCCAGUUUUACUCCACUCUUCCAAACACCACGUACAGGUUUUCUAUUGCAGCAGUAAACGAAGUUGGUGAGGGGCCAGAAGCAGAAUCUUUAAUUUCCACUCCAUCUCCAUCAGUUCAAGAAGAAGAACAAUGGCUCUUUUUAUCCAGAAAAACUUCUCUACGAAAGAGGUCCUUAAAGUAUUUAGUAGAUGAAGCACAUUGCCUUUGGUCAGAUACUAUUCAUCAGAAUAUUACAGGGAUAGCAGUCAAUGUCCAGCAGCAAGUGGUUUAUUUCUCAGAAGGACCUUUCAUAUGGAUGAAGGAGGCAGCCAACAUGUCUGAUACGUCUGAUCUGAGAAUUUUUUACAGAGGCUCAGGUGUAAUCUCCUCCAUCUCCAUAGACUGGCUUUACCAGAGGAUGUAUUUCAUCAUGGAUAAACUGGUAUAUGUUUGUGACUUACAAAACUGUUCAAAUUUUGAGGAAAUUACUCCAUUAUCUAUUAUUGCACCUCAAAAAGUUGUGGUUGAUUCCUAUAAUGGGUAUGUCUUCUAUCUCCUGAGAGACGGCAUUUACAGAAUCAAUCUCCCUUUGCCGUCUGGCGGGCACACCGAAGCUGUGCGCAUCGUGGAGAGUGGCACGUUAAAGGACUUCGCGGUGAAGCCGCAGUCCAAGCGAAUCAUUUACUUCAACGACACCACGCAAGUCUUCAUGUCCACAUUUCUGGACGGCUCGGCUUUCCAUCGGGUGCUGCCUUGGGUCCCCCUUAAGGAGGUGCGGAGCUUUGCUUGUGAGAACAAUGACUUCCUCAUCACAAAUGGCAAGGCCAUUUUCCAGCAGGACUCUCUGUCCUUCAAUGAGUUCAUCGUGGGAUGUGACCUGAGUCACAUAGAAGAAUUUGGGUUUGGCAACUUAGUCAUCUUUGGCUCAUCCAUCCAGUCAUACCCUCUGCCAGACCAUCCACAGGAGCUCUCGGUGCUGUUUGGUUCUCGAGAGGCCCUUGUUCAGUGGAAGCCUCCUGCUCUCGCCAUAGGAGCCAGCCCUUCCGCCUGGCAGAACUGGACUUAUGAGGUGAAAGUUUCCACCCAAGACCUUCCUAAAGUCACUCAAGUUUUCUCUAACAUAAGUGGGACCAUGCUUAAUGUACCCGAGCUGCAGAGUGCUACAAAAUACUCAGUUUCUGUGAGAGCGAGCUCUCCUAAAGGCCCGGGUCCCUGGUCAGACCCUUCAGAGGGCACCACCCUGGUACCAGCUACUGAGCCACCAUUCAUCAUGGCUGUGAAGGAAGAUGGGCUUUGGAGCAGACCACUCAGUAGCUUUGGCCCAGGAGAGUUCCUGUCUUCUGACGUAGGAAAUGUGUCAGAUAUGGAUUGGUAUAACAACAGCCUCUACUACAGCGACACAAAAGGCAACGUUUAUGUGCGGCCACUGAGUGGGAUGGAGACCUCGGAGAAGUAUCACAUACCCAGCAUCGCAGGAGCUGGUGCUUUGGCCUUUGAAUGGCUGGGUCACUUUCUCUACUGGGCGGGCAAGACGUAUGUGAUCCAAAGGCAGUCUGUGUUGACGGGACACACAGACAUUGUGGCUCACGUGAAGUUGUUGGUGAAUGACAUGGUUGUGGAUUCAGUUGGUGGCUAUCUGUACUGGACUACACUCUACUCAGUUGAAAGCACCAGACUAAAUGGAGAAAGUUCGCUCGUACUGCAGGCUCAGCCCUGGCUGUCUGGAAAAAAGGUUAUCGCUCUAACGUUAGACCUCAGUGACGGGCUCCUGUACUGGCUGGUGCAGGGCAAUCAGUGUAUUCAUCUCUACACAGCAGUUCUUCGAGGACGGAGUGCUGGGGAUGCUGCUAUCACGGAGUUUGCAGCCUGGAGUACUUCUGAAAUUUCUCAGAAUGCACUGAUGUACUACAGUGGUCGACUCUUCUGGAUCAAUGGCUUUAGGAUUAUUACAGCGCAGGAAAUAGGUCAGAGAACCAGUGUGUCUGUUUCGGAGCCAGCGAAAUUUAAUCAGUUCACGAUUAUACAGACAUCCCUCAAGCCUCUGCCAGGGAACUUUUCCUCUACUCCCAAGGUGAUCCCAGAUUCUGUUCAGGAGUCUUCAUUUCGGAUUCAAGGACACACUUCAAAUUUCCAAAUCCUGUGGAAUGAGCCCCCUGCGGUGGACUGGGGCAUAGUUUUCUACAGCGUGGAAUUUAGCGCUCAUUCUAAGUUCCUGGCUAUUGAACAACAGUCUUUACCCAUGUUUACUGUGGAAGGGCUGGAGCCCUACGCCUUAUUUAAUCUUUCUGUCACUCCAUAUACCUACUGGGGAAAAGGCCAAAAAACAACUCUAUCACUUCGUGCACCUGAAGCAGUUCCAUCAGCACCAGAGAACCCCAGAAUAUUUAUAUUGUCAAGUGGAAGACAUGUCAACAAGAAGGAAGUUGUGGUGGAGUUUAGGUGGAAUAAACCUAAGCAUGAAAAUGGAGUGCUAACCAAAUUUGAAAUCUUCUAUCAUAUAUCUAAACAAAGUGGUGUAAAUAAAACAUCUGAAGACUGGAUUUCUGUCACUGUCACGCCCCCAGUGAUGUCUUUUCAGCUGGAGGCCAUGAGUCCUGGGUCUAUUGUUGCCUUCCAGGUUCGUGUAUUUACAUCCAAAGGGCCAGGACCAUUUUCUGAUACAGUGAUGUCUGAAACAUCAGAAAUCAAACCAUUUCCAUAUCUCAUAUCUCUUGUUGGCAAUAAGAUCGUGUUUCUAGACAUGGAUCGAAAUCACGUUGUGUGGACGUUUUCCACGGAGAGAGACAUCAGCACAGUGGGGUACACAGCAGAUGAUGAAGUGGGGUAUUUUGUGCAAGGAGACUCACUGUUCCUUCUGAAUUUGCACAAUCGUUCCAGCUCCAAGCUUUUCCAGGAUGCACUGGUUGCUAAUGUUGCAGCUAUUGCAGUGGACUGGAUUGCAAGGCACCUCUACUUCGCACUGAAAACGUCACAAGAUGGAACACAGAUAUUCGAUGUUGAUCUUGAACACAAGGUGAAAUCUCCUAGGGAGUUGAAGAUUUGCAAAAGCCAUUCAGCAAUAAUUUCCUUCUCUAUAUAUCCCCUUUUAAGCCGCUUGUAUUGGACAGAAGUUUCAGAUCUGGGCCAUCAGAUGUUCUACUGCAGUAUUAGCAAUCACACCUUGCACCAUGUUCUACAACCCAAGGCCUCAAACCAGCGUGGAAGGAGCCAAUGUCCUUGUAAUGUGAUGGAAUCCGAGUUAGGUGGGGCAAUGGCUGUUGAUACCUCAGACCCAAAGAGACCAUGGAUAUACUUUACCAAAGGACACGAGAUCUGGGCCAUGGAUCUGGAAGGAUGUCAAUGCUGGGAAGUCACCAUGGAGCCUGUCAUUCUUGGAAAAAGAAUUGUUAGCUUAACAGUGGACAGAGAGUUUGUGUAUUGGAUCAUCACAACAAAGGACAACACACAGAUUUAUCAAGCAAAGAAGGGAAGCGGGGCUGUGGUCUCCCAGGUGAAGGCCCCAGGGAGCAAGCAUAUCGUAGCUUACAGUUCGGCUCUGCAGCCUUUUCCAGAUAAAGCAUAUCUGUCUCUAGCUUCAGAUAUAGUAGAGGCAACUAUAUUGAAUGCCACCAACACCAGCCUCACACUCAAAUUACCUCCAGCCAAGACAAACCUCACAUGGCAUGGCAUCACCAGCCCCACACCAACAUACCUGGUCUACUACACAGAGGCUAAUGGGACAAACAACUACAGCAGGAUACACAGAAUGCUGGAAUCACAGCAGAAUGUCGUCCGUAUUGAAGACUUGCAGCCAUUUUCAACAUACGUGAUUCAGGUAGCGGUGAAGAAUUAUUAUUCAGAUCCUCUAGAACAUUUACCUCUGGGAAAAGAGAUUCAGGGAAAAACUAACAGCGGAGUGCCCGGGGCCGUUUGUCACAUCAACGCGACUGUGCUGUCAGACACCCGUCUCCAUGUGUCCUGGACCGAGUCGCACAGGCCCAACGGCCCCAGAGAGUCAGUUCGCUAUCAGCUGGUUAUGUCACACCUGGCUCCGAUGCCUGAGACUCCUCUCAGACAGGGUGAAUUUCCAAGGGCCAGGCUGGCUCUCCUCAUCACAAAACUGUCUGGUGGACAACUGUAUGUGUUGAAGGUCCUGGCCUGCCACUCAGAGGAAAUGUGGUGUACUGAGAGUCAUCUUGUCACCGUCAACAUGUUUGACACACCGGAGAAACCUUCUGCCUUGGUUCCAGGGAACACUAGUCUGCAAUUAGACUGGAAAGCUCCGUCUAAUGUUAACCUCAGCAGAUUUUGGUUUGAACUCCAGAAGUGGAAAUAUAAUGAGUUUUACCACGUUGAAGCUUCAUGCAGCCAAGGUCCAGUUUACGUCUGUAACAUCGCAGACCUACAGCCUUACACUCCCUAUAACGUCCGAGUGGUGGUGGUCUAUAUGACGGGAGAAAAUAGUUCCUCCAGUCCAGAGAGCUUCAAGACAAAAGCUGGAGUCCCAAGCAAACCAGGCAUUCCUAAAUUACUAGAAGGGAGUAAAAAUUCAAUCCAGUGGGAAAAAGCUGAAGAUAAUGGAAGUAGACUGAUGUACUACAUCCUUGAGAUCAGAAAGGGCAUUUCCAAUGAUUCACAGAACCAGAGUUUAAGGUGGAAGAUGGCGUUCAAUGGGACCUGCAGUAGCAUUUGCACAUGGAAGUCCAAAAACCUGAAAGGAACAUUUCAGUUCAGAGCAGUAGCUGUAAAUAAUAUUGGGUUUGGAGAAUAUAGUGGAAUCAGUGAGGAUAUUAAAUUAGUGGAAGAUGGUUUUUGGAUAACAGAAACAAGCUUUAUACUUACUAUCAUACUUGGGAUAUUUCUGGUUGCUGCAGUCCCACUGACCUUUGUCUGGCACAGGAGCUUGAGAAAUCGCAAAGCGUCCAAGGAGGAGCUCUCAGUUCUCAACGAAGACGACAAAGAGCUGGCCGAUCUGCGAGGUCUGGCGGCUGGAGUAGGCCUGGCUAAUGCCUGCUAUGCAGUACAUACUCUUCCAACCCAAGAAGAGAUUGAGAGUCUUCCCGCCUUUCCUCGGGAACAGCUGAGCCUGCGCCUGCUGCUGGGGAGCGGAGCUUUUGGAGAAGUGUACGAAGGCACAGCCGUGGACAUCCUAGGAGUGGGCAGUGGCGAAAUCAAAGUGGCAGUGAAGACCUUAAAGAAGGGCUCGACAGACCGGGAGAAGAUUGAGUUCUUGAAGGAGGCACACCUGAUGAGCAAGUUUAAUCACCCCAACAUUCUGAAGCAGCUGGGAGUCUGUCUGCUGAGUGAGCCCCAGUACAUUAUUCUGGAACUGAUGGAAGGAGGAGACCUUCUGAGCUACCUGAGAAAAGCCCGGGGGACGACGUUUCAUGGCCCUUUACUCACUUUGGUUGACCUUGUAGAGCUGUGUGUAGAUAUUUCAAAAGGCUGUGUCUACUUGGAAGAGAUGCGCUUCAUUCAUAGGGAUCUUGCAGCUCGGAACUGCCUUGUAUCUGUGAAGGACUAUACCAGUCCUCGGAUAGUCAAGAUCGGUGACUUUGGACUGGCAAGGGAAAUCUAUAAAAAUGAUUAUUAUAGAAAGAGAGGAGAAGGCCUGCUUCCUGUUCGUUGGAUGGCUCCAGAAAACCUAAUGGACGGAAUCUUCACUUCUCAGUCUGAUGUAUGGUCUUUUGGAAUUCUGGUUUGGGAGAUUUUAACUCUUGGUCAUCAACCUUAUCCAGCGCAUUCCAACCUUGAUGUUUUAAACUAUGUGCAAGACGGAGGAAGACUGGAGCCACCAAGAAAUUGUCCUGACGAUCUGUGGAAUUUAAUGUCUCAAUGCUGGGCUCAAGAACCUGACCAAAGACCCACUUUCCAUAACAUUCAUGACAAGCUUCAGUUACUCAGAAAUUUUUCCUUAAAUAAUAUUUCUCGGUGUGGAGAAGAAGCGCAUGCCAGUGGAGUCAUCAAUAAAGGCUUUGAAGGUGAAGAUAAUAAAAAAAUGGUUGCUUUGAAUUCAGAUGAUGUGAUGCCGGUUGCAUUGAUGGAAACCAAGAACCAAGAAGGAUUAAGCUAUAUGGUACUUGCCACAAAAUGUAGCCAAGGCAAGGCAAAUCCUGAGGGUCCUCUAGGCUCUAAGGAAUCUGGGUCUCGUGGUCUGAAGAAAGACGAGAAGCAACCACGUGCAGACAAAGAUUUCUGCCAAGAACCACAAGUGGCUGACUGCUCUCCUGGCGGGUCUGAAGGCUUGAACUAUGCCUGUCUCACUCACAGUGGACAUGGAGAUGUGUCUGAUUAACGGCAUCUCAUAGGAAAUAGAGCACUGAGAUAAAUGCCAUGUUAAGUUCCUUGCAGAAAAGAAUAAAGAUGUGGUGGUGGUCUAUGA